CUUACAGAUGCAUGAAUGCCAGAGCACAGUGUUCCCUGUACUCAUGUGGAAUUUCUCCUUUGCAGAUGUGGAGAUGGCGUUCAACACUUUAAGGUCUUGAGGGAUACGCAGGGCAAGUUUUUCCUCUGGGUCGUCAAGUUCAAUUCCCUAAAUGAAUUGGUGGAAUACCACCGAUCAGCGUCUGUGUCCCGGUCCCACGACAUUAAGCUCAAAGACAUGACUCCAGAAGAAUUCUUAGUGCAAGCCCUAUACGACUUCACCCCUCAGGAGCAGGGCGAGCUGGAAUUCAAGCGAGGCGAUGUCAUCACUGUCACAGACCGGUCAGACCCCCACUGGUGGAGCGGCGAAAUGGGCAACCGCAGGGGGCUGUUUCCCGCCACCUACGUGGCUCCCUACCACACCUAGAUGCCCAGUGCAGGAGCUCCACCUCGAGUACCACGUCAUAACCGGAGUCAGCAGCCAUUCGUAGCAGGAGGCUGCUCAAACAGCAUCUUAACAGAAACAAUGAAAGAGACCUUGCUGAAAACAAUGAAUGGAAACUUGGCCAGGCUUAAGGGUGCUUUGGCCUACACACAGUGACAGACUGAGGGAGGCCUUGCAGGAGAUGAAUAGUAGUUGGCUGGCACCCUAUACAGUUUUUGGUUUGUGUUUCUGUGGCUUUCACCCCAGUCAGUAAUUGUGCCUACAUUCUACUUUGAUUUUGCCCCAUCCAUUUAUAUUGGAUUAGCCAGUAAAUAUGUUUUAUUAUUGGUGCCAUCUCAUACCUUUUCAUCCUACAUGGUUUUGUAAAGAAUGACUUUUUAAAAAAAGGAAUUGCAUGUGUAUUAUUCUUGCCACAAGCUUUGAUUGCAGAAUUUUUAGAAAUAUAUCAAUGGAAAAUA